GUCUUCAACCAGGGAAGUGUGUCAUUUCUUCUUCGCCGCCCAAAAAACCUAAUUCUCAGAAAUGGGACGAGUCAUUCGUGCUCAGCGUAAGGGUGCGGGAUCAGUCUUCAAGUCCCAUACCCACCACCGUAAGGGUCCGGCCAGGUUCAGGUCUCUCGACUUCGGCGAGCGCAAUGGUUACCUGAAGGGUGUGGUCACUGACAUCAUCCACGACCCAGGAAGAGGUGCCCCACUCGCCCGAGUCACCUUCCGUCACCCUUUCCGGUACAAGCACCAGAAGGAGCUUUUCAUCGCCGCAGAGGGUUUGUACUCUGGCCAAUUCAUCUACUGUGGAAAGAAGGCCAAUCUCGUUGUCGGUAAUGUUCUUCCUCUCAGAUCUCUCCCUGAAGGUACCGUCAUUUGCAACGUCGAGCACCACGUCGGUGACCGAGGUGUCCUUGCUAGGGCUUCUGGAGACUACGCCGUCGUUAUCAGUCAUAACCCGGACAAUGGAACCUCCAGAGUCAAGCUUCCGUCUGGUGCCAAGAAGAUUUUGCCAAGUGGUUGCAGAGCUAUGAUUGGUCAGGUUGCAGGAGGAGGUAGAACUGAGAAACCUAUGUUGAAGGCAGGAAAUGCUUAUCACAAAUUCAGGGUGAAGAGGAACAGUUGGCCUAAGGUUCGUGGUGUUGCUAUGAACCCUGUUGAGCAUCCCCAUGGUGGUGGUAACCAUCAACAUAUUGGUCACGCUAGUACCGUUCCCAGAGAUGCUGCUCCCGGGCAAAAGGUUGGUCUUAUUGCCGCCAGGAGGACUGGUCGUCUUCGAGGACAAGCUGCUGCUGCUGCUUCAAAGUCCGACAAGGGUUCUUAGACAUUGUCCAGUUUUAUGUGCCUAUUGAAAUCUUUCAUUGUGGACAUUUUGCUCUCUUCGGUACUACUAUUUUAUUAUUCUACUUAGGAUUGGCUUCAGUUUCUGGAUUAGAACUACAAUUUUGCGUUAUGAUAAUUACAUGUGUUUUAUUUUUUUGCUUUUGUUGGAAAGUACUGAUGAGUUUUGCUCAUAAUGCGAUUUUAGCAUGCUUGGCAUUUUUAUAA